CACAAGAAUUUGAAGAUGGUGAUCAUUUUAUAGAAUAUUUGAAAACAUAAUAUAUUUUUACUAAAGAAAAAUAUUAUAAAGUAGAACAAAGUAUGCCGAAAGUACGACGAAGCAAAAAACCGCCUCCUGAUGGCUGGGAGCUGAUCGAACCAACUCUGGAAGAAUUAGAGCAAAAGAUGCGCGAAGCCGAAACGGAGCCUCACGAAGGCAAAAGAAAACAAGAAUCUUUGUGGCCGAUAUUUAAAAUCCAUCAUCAGAAGUCUCGUUAUAUAUAUGAUUUAUUUUAUAGGAGAAAAGCAAUAAGUCGCGAAUUGUACGAUUAUUGUUUGAAUGAAAAUAUCGCCGAUAAAAACUUGAUUGCCAAAUGGAAAAAAGUCGGAUAUGAAAAUUUAUGUUGCUUACGAUGCAUUCAAACAAGAGACACGAACUUUGGCACAAACUGCAUUUGCAGGGUGCCAAAGGGUAAACUCGAGGAAGGCCGAAUAGUAGAAUGUAUACAUUGCGGUUGCAGAGGAUGUUCAGGUUAAAUGUUUCCUAUUCGAUAUUCACUCGCAAUAUGUGAGCAUUUUUCCGAAAAGCUGAGAUCAUAAUGUUUGUACCGAAACACAUUUUUGGUAGGCGCAUCAAUUUCUCGUUGCCAUCCAUGAAGAUUUUUCCACGAGAUGUGAUCAUCAAUGAUGCCG